AUGGCCUCGGGUACAGUAGUAUUAGUCGUAGUAGUUCCAACAAACGAUACUGUAGAGGAGGAGGUUUGUUUGAUUGACAGCAAAUCUAUUUGGACUGAGACCUGUUGUCGCCUGUUUUUCUGAUUGAAAUCGCGCAGCACACACGUUUUUUUCUCUUUUAACUCUACCUUGAGAAAGGUGUGAAAGGUUUUUUUUUCUUGGAAACGAAAAAGGGAAGUCAAAGCUUUUUACCCAAAACUCAUUUCGAACGAAACUUUCAAGCUAGCUAGAAAAUUAAGGCAAAAUAUAUAACUUUAGUUUAAAACCGUCUCUCAGACAAUCAAAUCCAAUAAGUUACUGUAACUGAACUCUGCCAUCGUUUUUCUUCUUUUUCAAGGCCCGACAAGCGAAAUUAAUGACACCGACUCGGGAGAUUUUUGAGUGAAAGCGCGCCAAAAAGGGUCUUGAAAAGCCCACCUCGAACUGGUCUCCCUCUCUCACUUCACCUCGAACCAACAUCAGAUAAGCAUCAGAAAUGCGCGUAAAAACUUUCAACGCUUUCCGUGUGAGCGGCGCAUUUUUUCACACCUUUCACUUUGUGAUUGGACAGGACACCGGCCUUGGGGUGGUGGAAAUUUACCGUAGUACACUUUUGAAAACUUGGAGCAAUUAAGCAAAGAAACGUGAUUUUCAGUGCACAAGCUGGCGUCGUUGUUCCCCUCGAUGCAGUUCUGCAUCUCGAUGCUCUACACUGUCGAGCAGUUCUCUGGAAGCAAACUUUUCGCCCAGGCCGCUCAGAAAUAUGUCUCCGAGACGUACGGUUAUGAAGUGGUGAGUUUUAAAAACUAUUAUCAUUGAAUUGAGUUUUUCGAUUUCUUUUGCUGAGAAAUGGACUAAUCGAACUGAUUUGCAGCAACUCCUGUGGACCUUCUUCCCCUUGGUGGAGCGUUGCCUGACCCAGAAGCAGCUCUACGCGGCGCCGACCCCUGUCCAGCCGCCAGCCCCUCUUCCAUUUCAUGAAAUUGAAAAGUCUGGUCCGCUCAUUCUGGAGACGGCUCAGCCAGUCGAGCUGAAAGCCCCUCCGCCAGCUCCACGGCCUCGCAAAUUGGCCGUGCCUCGAAGUCGCGCUCCUCGACCUCAGCCGACCGUCGUCGUCGAGCCGAAACCUUCGGAAGUCCUGUCGACGCAGCAGGACGAGCUCCUUGACGUCGACGCCUUCAACACCUUUUUCGCCGACUUUGACAUGACCGACCUCGACGGUGUGCAGCCGGAGCCGACCAAUGACCUCGAGAAGAUUCUGAAGGACGAGGUCAGCGACGUGCUUCUCGAGGCGACGUCGCCAGCCACGCCGACGACGCCUCUUCUCGACUCCGGCUUCAACUCGGACUCUGGCUCCCCGGAAUCCAUCGCCGACUGCCCUUUCCUCAUGACCAACUGCCGCCGAUCCUACGUCAGGUCGGCUGAAGAUGACGUCAUCCCCCCAAAACUCAUUCGUUUGGGUUGA